AUGGGCUCUGGGGACGGCAGCAGACGCUUGGGCCGGGGGGAGGCUUUGAUUUGGAUUUUUAGGUGGAGGCUGACCACCUGGUAUGAGCUCGCGGGAGCCCUGGGUGCCGUGGCCGAGAGGGGCCGAGAGGGACCAGGAGCAGGGAGGGCGUUGGGUGGAGAGGUGGCCGGCUCCGGUCCUGCUGGGGCGGGGGGAUCCCGGCUGCCCCAGGGAGGGCUGGAGGCCCCCCCAGGCCACAGGCUUGAGAGACCAGGCAGCUGCGUGGAGCCCAAAUCAAAACGAGGAGUUUCCCAAGACUUGGCUUCUUCACCCAAGCUAGACAGAUGCAAAAUAGCACGGCAACUAGUGGAAAAAGCAGUCAGGGACAAGAAAAUCUUCUCCAUCUACGGGCACUACCCAGUGGUCCGCGCCGCCCUGCGCAGGAAGGGCUGGGUGGAGAAGAAGCUGCCCUCUCUGCCCAAGGGUGCCCCGGGCGUGGAGGACGCAGGUGAGCUUGCCGAUGGCUGCGGGUGUGUCCGUCAUGCAGGGCAUAAAGACGUGGCUCUGGAGAAUAUUGAGGACAUCCACGAGGUGAUGUCCAGGCUGGUAAAGAACGAGACACCCUACUUCCUGUGGACCAUCAAGAGGGACGUCAUCGACUACCACAGCCUGACGGGCGACCAGAUGCUGAACCACUACGGGAAGACGGCCUCCUUCACCACCAAGGUGAGGCGGGGCCCAGGCUGGCGGCAGGCAGGGGCUUCCCAGCGACAGAGGAAGCUCACCUCCUGGGUACCCCAGGACUCUGGGUCUGAGGCCAGGGCCAGAGUCAGUCCCGCAGCACCCCAGGGCACUCAUGUCCUUGUUCGCGACUUCCGGCUCACCGUGGCCGCCAGCAUCCUCAAGUGGGUCGUCGGCCGCCAGAACCGCAGCAGGAGCAAGCCCCGGAGCAGCAGGGCCGAGGCAGGGGACCGCGACCCGGGCAGCGGGAAAGAUCCAGAGGACGCUGAGGCCGAGCUCCGAGGCCUCCCGGGGCAGCUGGUGGACACCGCGUGCAGGGUGUGCCAGGCCUACCUGGGGCGGCUGGAGCAUGAGGACAUCGACAUGGGGGAGGAUGCCGAGGGGGACCUCACGGAGGCCGAGUGGAGUGACCUGACCCAGCAGUACUACACACUCGUGCACGGUGACGCUUUCAUCUCCAACUCGAAGAGCUACUUCCAGCAGUGCCAGGCCCUGCUGAGCAAGAUCUCGGCUGUGAACCCGCAGACGGAGAUUGACGGGCUGCACAACAUCUGGAUCGUAAAGCCGGCGGCCAAGUCCCGCGGCCGGGACAUUGUGUGCAUGAACCAUGUGGAGGACAUCUUGGGGCUGGCGGCUGCAGACCACGCUCCCCCCGGGGACAAGUGGGUGGUCCAAAAGUACAUUGAGACACCGCUGCUCAUCUGCGACACCAAGUUCGACAUCCGACAGUGGUUCCUGGUCACCGACUGGAACCCCCUGACCGUCUGGUUCUACAAGGACAGCUACCUGCGCUUCUCAACUCAGCGCUUCUCCCUAGACAACCUGGAUGGUGCCGUCCACCUGUGCAACCACUCCAUCCAGAGGGGCCUCCGCCACGACCAGGACCGCAGCCCCCUGCUGCCCGGCCACAACAUGUGGACCAGCACCCGCUUCUGCCAGUAUCUGCAGACGCGGGGCUGCGGGGCCGCGUGGGGUCGCCUCGUCUACCCUGCCAUGAAGCGGGCUGUGGCCCACGCCAUGCGCGUGGCCCAGGACCACGUGGAGCCCCGCAAGAACAGCUUCGAGCUGUUCGGCGCUGACUUCGUCCUGGGCAGAGACCUGCGGCCCUGGCUGAUUGAGAUCAACUCCGGGCCCACCAUGCGUCCGUCCACGCCCGUCACGGCCCAGCUCUGCGCGCAGGUGCAGGAGGACACCCUCAAGGUGGUGCUGGACCGCAAGCUGGACCACGCCUGUGACGUUGGCAACUUCGAGCUCCUGUGGAGACAGCCCACAGUGGACCCUCCACCGUUCAGCGGGCCCAACCUCGGUGUGCAAGGCACCGGCGUGGGCAAGGCCAGGCAGCCCACGCCACCCGUCUGCAGCCCCAGCACCCCAGCCCCGCUCUCGGACACCUGGCCACGGCCAGCACGGUGCCCCCGGGUCCUGCUGGACCCCAUCCUGGGCCCCCCGCAGUGCACCCUGCAGCGAGACCCCAGAAGGAAGGAGGCCCAGGAGCGCCCCUCUACCCUGCGGGUGACCCUUCCGAGGCCAGCCCCGGGCAGAGGUGCCAGCAGUCCCACCCAUGCCCAGCUCAGUGGGGAGAUGGCGCUCCCUGCGUGUCACUGUCAGAACAUGGACAAAGCGGCCCCAGGAGCCAGUUCUACCCACGCCCAGUCUGCCAAGUGCUUGGAUCCAAGCCUGUUACACAGACACGCCCUGGAGGCCACGCUGCCCAGCGUGGAAACGGCGGGGGCGCUCCACGUAGGCCACCCACAGUGCCAGGUUCUGCGGGAGUCGGUCCAUGCAGUACGGCCCGGGCCUGUCUGCGCGUGGUACCAGCAGCCCGAGAGCAAGAGGGGCUGA